AUGGGCAAAUCCUCCAAAGAUAAAAGAGACGCUUACUACCGCCUCGCCAAGGAACAAAACUGGCGUGCCCGAAGUGCAUUCAAACUCAUCCAAAUCGACGAGCAAUUUGAUUUAUUCUCCUACGCCGAGCCGGAGAAAUGCACGAGGGUGGUAGACUUGUGCGCCGCCCCAGGAAGUUGGAGCCAAGUGCUCAGUCGCAUCUUGAUCAAAGGCGAGAGUUUCGGCCGACGAGCGUGGUGUGAGAGAAUGGAACGCUUCAACCGUCCCCAGAUGGCGCAAAUGGGACAACAACAACAACAAGAAACUGACCUCGUGGGGGACUUGAACUCUCUCGACCUGGAUGUACAGCAGUCCGAACGCGAGCUGAAACCUCGCGCCAACGUCAAGAUUGUGGCCAUAGACCUCCAGCCCAUGGCGCCCCUUGAGGGUAUCAUCCAACUCCAAGCCGACAUCACCCACCCGUCGACGGUCCCCCGCCUCCUCCACGCUAUCGAUCCGGCCUUCACACCCACAGACAGCACGCAUCUCGUCGACUUGGUCAUCUCGGACGGCGCCCCCGAUGUCACGGGCCUGCAUUCCCUUGACAUCUACGUUCAAAGCCAACUGCUCUAUUCAGCACUAACACUCGCAACCAAGGUGUUGCGCCCUGGUGGGAAAUUCGUCGCCAAGAUCUUUAGAGGUCGGAACGUGGAUUUGAUCUACGCACAGUUGAGAAUUCUGUUCGAGAGGGUUAGUGUGGCGAAGCCGAGGGCAAGUCGGGCCAGUAGUAUUGAGGCGUUUGUCGUUUGUGAAGGUUACAGGCCUGUGAUGGUCCGAAACAGAGACGGAGAGGAAGUGCUUUGGACGCCGGAGAUUGGAGACGCACCAGAGCCCGCGAAUGGAGACAUUUCGGAACAAGGGGCUCAGGAUAAUACCGCCGCGGGAGAAGAGUCCCGUAACGAGCUCACUGCUUCCGGAAAGUCACCAGAACCCGUAGGUGCCAGAAUACAAGGACAAACCCGCAAUCGGCGGCCUGACGGCGUCGUCGAACUGCAUUUCCGCGACGAACAGUCAGAUCCAGCAAGGUACAUCGCCCCAUUUCUGGCCUGUGGCGACCUCUCAGCCUGGGAUAGCGAUGCUACCUACAAGUUACCAGCAGGCCACGUCAGCCUGGACCCGGUUCAACCGCCAACCGCACCACCCUACAAGAUGGCAAUCGAACGACGACGAAUCGAGGGUGGAAUGUAUGGCAAGACCAAGAAAAGGGACAAACUCCAGAGCAGCGACGCGGGAUGA